AUGUCAUGGCCGUCCGGACGUCUCCAACAGCAGCAGCGUAUCCUAUCUUUCACCGAAGGCCAUGGGCAGCAGCCUCAGGACCGACUCUUGGACUAUCUUCGAUUGUCGUGCGAUGGCAGUGUUGCAGGCAAGCAGGACCAACAGGGGCAGAAGGGGCAGGAGGAGCAAGAGAGACAUAUCUUGCAAUGGCUCAAGGAAAUGAGGAGCAUUAGGUCACAGGAUCAUGGUCGCAGUAUGAUUCUGGAUAAUUGUUGUGAGACAUCUCCAGUUUUUCAGAGGUCUUUCGACUCGGAGAUGGAUGUGGAGGUGGAGAAGCAGACUACAACACUGAGCCGGACUCUGGUAUUGGUACUUGUUGGACAAGUAGGGGCGCCGGCAAAGUUGUUGGACCGUUCUGUUGGCGUGGUGUUGGUUGUUGAAGAUGAGAAGGAAGCGCCCUGGAAGUUUCAUGGAGUCGUCUGUGUGACUGUAUCAGAGGAGCGUCUCGUCUCUCAAGGAUGGAGGCGCAUGCAGGGAGAUACCAGACAGUCCGUAUCCAGUAUGACCACCACCGCAGCACCCGUCGCCUCGACAAAUUACAGUAUCCAGGAACAGCAGUACCAGAAGUCCGGGGGUAGACACUGCGACGAGGAGGAUGACGAUUCGGACGACGAUUAUUGGGGCCAGUACGGAGACCCCGACAGCGACCAUGACGAUUCUGCCAGUGGUGAGAGCAGCAACGACCGUUCUCCGACAGAAGACGUAUCAUCCCCCUCGUCUUCCUUGGUAGAUACUACCUUCACACUUGCAUCAACGUACCACUCUCCAGCAACCACAGGAGCCGUGAAGUCGUCGACAGCUAUCUCAAUGGCGGUCAAUACCAUAUUCACCACGAACAGUGCCGCAUACACAACAAGUCUCACAUCAGGACCCAACAAUUGUCCUUGGGAAGAAGUGGACGAGGUCGAUGAGGAUGACGAUGAUGAGUACUGGGGGAAAUACGGAGACCACGAUGAUCCAGAGCCAGAGCCAGAGCCAAAGCAACAACAACACCGAGGACAAGGACAAGAUUCCGAAGUUCCUCCCAAAGAUUCCUCCCACGCCAACCAUGACAACAACACCAACAGUAUUUAUGGCAUGAAGGCAGAACGGCAAAAAAUCGACCCCACGGUUCCCACGGCACAAAAGGAAGCUCUCCACAUUUCCUCCGAAGCAGCUCUUCCCGAUUCAGCUUUUCCGACGUUGGUCGCACAUGUUUCUGUUGUACCUGAGCCGGGACAAGUCGACCCCACAGCUUUGACCCUCCGGCUCAUGAACCUCAUCGUCCACCAUACCGAUCCUACGGGAUAUUCAGGAGCAGCACGGGUGCACAGAGACCAACAGUUCUACACCUACGAUGAGGACGACGAUAUCGAUGACCAAUUACCUGAUAAUGAGGAGAGCACAUAUGACAGCACCAGCAACAGGAGUAGGACGAGGGGCGGGUUCCUUAUCCGCCUUGACAGUCGUCUCCAACAGGACCACGUUAGUGCAGCAGCAACUCCCCUCGAGUCCGAGCACCAACCCCACACCAAUCACGCCAACGACAAGGACGGGCAGAGGGAAGGGGAGAACGGUGUUGAUACCGAAACCCCGAACUCGGCAUUUCAGGAGUACCUCGACCAACCCUGCGAUAACAACAACCGCACCAACAACAACAACCACACCAACAGCAACAACAACAACGACAAGAGCAUCAACAACGCCUGCACAAGUAUAUCCGAGCGCGAAAAGAAAUGGGAGGAUGAGCGAGAGCAGUUCCUCAGUUCGUUGAGGUCAAUUGCUCAGGAGGCCAAGGCUAUACUUGGUCUCACAAAAGCAGAUUUCUUGGAUAUGCUCGACCGAGCCUACGACUCUCCGGUCGCCUUUACUACUACUACCACUACUACCACUACUCAUUAG